AUGAAAACAGAGACUCACAACCUCGUAUAUGUUCCAAUAGUGAUCUCUGUCCUAUCUCUGUUCAUCAAUGGCGUCUCAUCAGCAAGAAAACCUCCAGAUCUUUGUAACAGAGUCUGCGGAGGAAUAUCGAUUCCUUUCCCGUUCGGUAUCGGUGGGAAAGAUUGUUAUCUAAACCCUUGGUACGAGGUUGUCUGUAACAGCACAACCUCUGUUCCGUUUCUCUCAAGGAUCAACAGAGAACUGAUGAACAUCUCUCUUCCAAACGAUAACGAGUUCUAUGCCUACGGAGUUGUUCACAUCAAAGGUUCUGUAACUUCCUCCGGUUGUUCUACCGGAGCAUCUCAGCCGCUCAUACCGCCGCCUUUAAACGUUUCCGGUCAAGGAAGCCCCUAUUUCCUCACGGACAAGAACCAACUUUUGGCUGUUGGUUGCAACGCCAAGGCCAUUUUGACGGAUGUCGAAUCGCAGAUCAUCGGUUGCGAAUCGAGUUGUGACAAGAGAAACAGUACGAGCCAAGAAGUAAGAAACAAUAUUUGCAAUGGACAUAAAUGUUGUCAAACGAGGAUACCAGAAGAGAAGCCGCAAGUAAUCGGAGUCCGUUUAGAGAUCCCUGAAGGUAAGAACACAACAGAAGGAGGAUGCAGAGUUGCGUUUUUGACGAGCGAGAAGUAUUCGAGUUUGAAUGUUACAGAGCCAGAACAGUUUCAUGCUGAUGGAUAUGCAGUGGUUGAGUUAGGAUGGUACUUUGAUACUUCGGAUUCUCGUGUUUUAAAUCCUGUAGGUUGUAAAAAUGUGUCAGAUACAACACAAAAUGGCGGGUACUCGAUUGAGACGAGUUGCCUUUGCUCAUACGGAUACUUCUCUGGAUUCAGCUAUAGGAAUUGUUAUUGUAACUCUAUGGGUUACACAGGGAAUCCGUUUCUUCCGGGUGGUUGUGUAGACAUUGAUGAAUGUAAACUAGAAGAAGGACGCAAAAGGUGUAUAGGCCAAACUUGUGUGAAUAGACCCGGUGACUUUAGGUGUGAGCCAAAGAAACCAGGGCAGCUCAAACCGGUGGUUCAAGGUGUUCUUAUAGGUUCGGCAUUGUUGCUUUUCGCCUUUGGAAUUUUUGGGUUGUACAAGUUCGUUAAGAAGCGGAGGAGGAUCAUCCGAAUGAGAAAGUUCUUCAGACGCAACGGAGGUAUGUUGUUGAAACAACAGUUAGCUAGAAACGAAGGCAAUGUAGAGAUGUCGAGGAUAUUUAGCUCAAAUGAAUUGCAGAAAGCUACUGAUAACUUCAACAAGAAUAGGGUUCUUGGGAAAGGAGGUCAAGGCACAGUUUACAAGGGAAUGCUCGUUGAUGGUAGAAUUGUCGCGGUGAAAAGGUCGAAAGCCAUGGAUGAAGACAGGGUAGAAGAGUUCAUCAAUGAAGUUGUUGUUCUUGCGCAAAUCAACCACAGAAACAUUGUUAAACUCUUGGGAUGCUGUCUAGAGACAGAAGUUCCAAUCUUGGUUUAUGAGUUUGUUCCAAAUGGAGACUUAUGCAAGCGUCUUCAUGAUGAAUCUGAUGAUUUCACGAUGACUUGGGAAGUGCGUCUACACAUUGCCAUAGAUAUUGCUGGAGCGUUGUCUUAUUUGCACUCUGCUGCAUCUUUCCCAAUAUACCACAGAGAUAUCAAGACUACUAAUAUACUAUUGGAUGAGAAAUACCGAGUUAAGGUGUCAGAUUUCGGAACUUCAAGAUCAGUAACCAUAGAUCAAACUCACUUGACAACUCAAGUUGCAGGUACUUUUGGGUAUGUGGAUCCAGAGUACUUUCAAUCAAGCAAGUUUACGGACAAAAGUGAUGUGUACAGUUUUGGAGUUGUCCUCGUGGAGCUCUUAACCGGAGAAAAACCGUUCUCCCGAGUCCAGCCUGAAGAAACCAGGGGCUUUGCAGCUCAUUUUGUCGAGGCUGUGAAAGAGAACAGAGUUCUUGACAUCGUUGAUAAACGGAUCAAAGAUAAAUGCAACAUGGACCAAGUGAUGGCAGUGGCAAAACUCACUAGAAGAUGUUUAAACCGAAAAGGGAAGAAGAGGCCAAACAUGAGAGAGGUUUCAAUUGAGCUGGAGAGGAUUCGUUCGUCACCUUAUGAUUCUGAGAUCCAUAUCGAGGACGAUGAUGACGAAGAGGAUCAAGUCAUGGGAUUCAACAUUGAUGAGUCCUGGGAUGUUGGUACGACUGCUCCAGCCUCCAUGUUAACUAACCCAUCCGAUGUUGAGCCUCUGGUUCCUCUAAGAACAUGGUGA